GGUCUGAAAGAGGAAGCAGGAUGUCAUGAAGGCGUGUUAGCCACCAGUCACUAUGCAAUGAGUCUGUGUCUCUGUCUACCCAAAGAGUGGGCCAUCGCUUCCACCGAGGAAUCUGGGAAAUGAUUCUUAUACUAUUCCUGCUUUUGGCAUUGACAGCAAGCUGGACUGGACUUGUUCAAUGUGAAGACAACGAAGAAACGGAGCAGGAGAUUGCCCUUAAAGACUCCCAUUUAACAGUAUUAUUAACUGACGAAGCAGUGGGUGAAGAAGAAAACUCAGAGAAUCAGGGGGAUGGUGCAGGCUCUGGAGACGGGAGGAGUCAGGAUUUAGACUCCCAACCAAACAGUGAGUCAAACACUGACCAAACAGUUAAAAAUGAGGAAACAAAGCCGACUACUGAGGCAAAUACAGAUGCAGACACAGAGGAUCUCAACCCAGUCAUGAUCAUCAUACCUCUAGUUCUCACACUGGUCUUCAUCGCUGUGAUCGUGUGUGUAGCCAUGAUCUACCGCAGGUGGAGAAUAAAAGUUGCUGACACAAAAGAAGAUCCUUAUCUGGAUCAUGAAGACCAUGAAAAGGUGCCAAUGCCCAUGUUUGAGGAUGAUAUCCCAUCAGUGAUGGAGCUGGAAAUGGAAGACCUAGAAAAUUGGAUGGCAAAAGAUGGAGGCAAGAAAGUGGACACUGGCCAAAUAUAAUGAAUAGCUUUUCAGUGAGUACACUAGACUUAUUAUUCUCUCCUUUAUGCAAGAUGUAGUCCAAACCUGGGGAGGCGACACAAUUUCUAAAACAAAGUCGGAGCGUAUUCACAGUACAGUAUUGGCUUGGACAGCUGUCUAGCGGUUAGACACAGGAAAGUCAUUGUACUAGCUUGCAAAUAUUUAAUUUUCAGGACAGAUCUGUAACAGAUGUUGUGCAUUUCUUGAUUAUUUACAUUCACACAUCAUAUUUCACUGCACUUCAGACUGAAUUCAGAUCAUUUCAGAUUGUUUCCAAGUAAUGGAAAAGAGUUGUACAAUAAAUAGUUGUACUAACAUUUCAAAAGUGUACAGUAAAUACACAGAGCAACCGUUGGGUUCCCAUCAGUAACAUGAAACUUUGCUGUUCCUCUUGGGGGUUGUGGAGGGUUAGACAUUUGGAAAAUAAAGGGGUCUGCAGCAUUGGACAUGGUAAAGCUGUGCUGAUUUGUACGGGGAACACACACACAUAUGACCCACUGAGCAGUGGUGCAAGACAAGGCACGAAGAUAUGCGUUUGUAUGUGUCACACCCUGUAAUGUAAUGUGUAAGGUAUCAUUUCCUGGAACUGUGAAAUGACAUAAGGUUACCUCUUACUUUACUUUCCAGUGGAAUGCCCCUCAGAGUCUAGUCAACAGCUACUGUACACAUCAGCAUUCCCUGUGCAUACUUUUUCCUGCUUAUAACAGCUGCACAAUUUGGUCAAAGUGCCAUUUUUUGUUCAUUUUGUCAUGCAGAACAUUUUUUCUUGUCAAGCAGUUUGAAUGAUGAUAUGAUAAACAUCAUGCUAAUAACAUAUUGCUGCUUCUAAAAUAUCCAGGGAAAAAAUGAACAAAAAGACUGUCAGGACAUUAAAGUGAACUCAGAGAACUGUUUUUUAUUACACUUAAGUUGUGAUAUGGUCUCAGUCCAUAUUGACACUGUUUUUGGAACUCAAUCAGUGUGAAUAUAAUAAUAAUAAUAAUAAUACCAUUCAAAGGUU